UCUUAGUUCGUUAUUUCUGGAAAGAACGGUUGAAUUUACUGUAGGCCUGCAACCCACUGUCAAUGCUAUCUGUUAUUGUGCUGAAUGCGUUGGAAAUUACGAAGUGGACCUUGAAAUAUAUCUUUUUUUUCUAAAUGGGAAAGACAAAACCAUGAAAUGUAAUUAGUUCCAUCGCUGUGUUUUAUUGGAACUUAUUGACCACAUCAUUGCUGUGAACUGGUGUACAAAUUAAUUUUUAGGGAGAAGGCAGAAGAUUACAGCUGUGUGAAAGAUGAUGAGUCUGUAGCACGGUGGAGGGGAUCGUCUCAAAGCAGUGCUGCCCUGCUCUCGUUUCUGAUCCUGCUAAUGUGUGUGGAACUUUAUCUGGACGAGGAAACUGCUCCGACAUCAGAGUCAGUACCAAACCCUGGGGUGGACCAUAUCGAAUGAGAAACCGAGAUGACCGUGAAAUGUGGCCAACAAUUUUUGUAAUCAAACUUGCAGGUGCUUCGGUAAGUGAUGAAAUUAUAAUAUUAAAAUAUUAAACUGCACACUUCCUCUAAGGGAUCUGUGGGGAGAACAAGUAUUUGAUACACUGCCGAUUUUGCAGGUUUUCCUACUUACAAAGCAUGUAGAGGUCUGUAAUUUUUAUCAUAGGUACACUUCAACUGUGAGAGACGGAAUCUAAAACAAAAAUCCAGAAAAUCACAUUUGCAUUUUAUUGCAUGACAUAAGUAUUUGAUCACCUACCAACCAGUAAGAAUUCCGGCUCUCACAGACCUGUUAGUUUUUCUUUAAGAAGCCCUCUUGUUCUCCACUCAUUACCUGUAUUAACUGCACCUGUUUGAACUCGUUACCUGUAUAGAAGACACCUGUCCACACACUCAAUCAAACAGACUCCAACCUCUCCACAAUGGCCAAGACCAGAGAGCUGUGUAAGGACAUCAGGGAUAAAAUUGUAGACCUGCACAAGGCUGGGAUGUGCUACAGGACAAUAGGCAAGCAUCUUGGUGAGAAGGCAACAACUGUUGGCGCAAUUAUUAGAAAAUGGAAGAAGUUCAAGAUGAUGGUCAAUCACCCUCGGUCUGGGGCUCCAUGCAAGAUCUCACCUCGUGGGGCAUCAAUGAUCAUGAGGAAGGUGAGGGAUCAGCCCAGAACUACACGGCAGGACCUGGUCAAUGACCUGAAGAGAGCUGGGACCACAGUCUCAAAGAAAACCAUUAGUAACACACUACGCCGUCAUGGAUAAAAAUCCUGCAGCGCACGCAAGGUCCCCCUGCUCAAGCCAGCGCAUGUCCAGGCCCGUCUGAAGUUUGCCAAUGACCAUCUGGAUGAUGCAGAGGAGGAAUGGGAGAAGGUCAUGUGGUCUGAUGAGCCAAAAAUAGAGAUUUUUGAUUUAAACUCCACUUGCCAUGUUUGGAGGAAGAAGAAGGAUGAGUACAACCCCAAGAACACCAUCCCAACCAUGAAGCAUGGAGGUGGAAACAUCAUUCUUUGGGGAUGCUUUUCUGCAAAGGGGACAGGACGACUGUACCGUAUUGAGGGGAGGAUGGAUGGGGCCAUGUAUCGCGAGAUCUUGGCCAACAACCUCCUUCCCUCAGUAAGAGCAUUGAAGAUGGGUCGUGGCUGGGUCUUCCAGCAUGACAACGACCCGAAACACACAGCCAGGGCAACUAAGGAGUGGCUCCGUAAGAAGCAUCUCAAGGUCCUGGAGUGGCCUAGCCAGAAAAUCUUUGGAGGGAGCUGAAAGUCCGUAUUGCCCAGCGACAGCCCCGAAACCUGAAGGAUCUGAAGAAGGUCUGUAUGGAGGAUUGGGCCAAAAUCCCUGCUGCAGUGUGUGCAAACCUGGUCAAGACCUACAGGAAACGUAUGAUCUCUGUAAUUGCAAACAAAGGUUUUUGUACCAAAUAUUAAGUUCUGCUUUUCUGAUGUAUCAAAUACUUAUGUCAUGCAAUAAAAUGCAAAUUAAUUACUUAAAAAUCAUACAAUAUGAUUUUCUGGAUUUUUGUUUUAGAUUCCGUCUCUCACAGUUGAAGUGUACCUAUGAUAAAAAUUACAGACCUCUACAUGCUUUGUAAGUAGGAAAACCUGCAAAAUCGAUAGUGUAUCAAAUACCUGUUCUCCCCACUGUAACUUUAGGUUAAAAUGAAAUGUAAACAGCUUAUUAGUAUGUUGUACCGUAUACCUAUGAUCUAUAUUCCCUUUAUGUGUCUAGGUAACUUUGGUGGCUUUGACUGUGGCCAGUGUAAGUUUGGCUGGACAGGACCAAACUGUGACGUGCGUAAAGCCCCGGUGGUGAGGAAGAACAUCCACUCUCUGAAUCCAGCGGAGCUUCAGGAGUUCCUGGAUGUGUUGGACCGGGCCAAGAACACCACCCACCCAGACUAUGUAAUCGCCACACAGCACUGGCUGGGCCUGCUGGGGCCCAAUGGAACCCAGCCCCAGUUCUCCAACAUCUCCAUCUACGACUUCUUUACGUGGCAGCAUUACUACUCCGUCAGAGAAAUUCUCCUUGGUAAAUGUGAUGUAUCACACAAACAAUCAAACAAACAAGAAAGUAUAUUGAUGACCAUUUACAUGUGCACAAUGUUAAAAAACUGAAUAUCUAUUACAUUUCUAUGACCAGUAUGUUAAAUAUUUUCUAGGACCUGGACGUCCUUUCAAACACAUUGAUUUCUCCCACAAAGGACCUGCCUUUAUAACCUGGCACAGAUACCACCUACUCAGUCUGGAGAGAGACCUGCAGGUAAGAGUGAGGAGGUCAUUUCUUUGUGGCCUUAUUUUUCUCAUGAGUAUGUACAUUAAUGGGAAAUGUCUACAGAAUGUGUAUAGUAGAAUGACCUCUCUUCUACAGAAACUGACUGGCAAUGAGAACUUUGCUGUUCCAUACUGGAACUUUGCCACAGGGCAGACUGAGUAACCAGUCCAGGUUCUCCAAUUGGGGGGUGGUGUGUAACAGGUCUGGAGCAAUUUAUGUCACAAUGCUGAGUGUAUGUGGCUAAGCUGAUUACAUAAGUGAAUGAGUAUUUUGAUGGUCGCUGUAACAUUCCUAUUUUGGUGUGUUGAUCAAAAUGAGUUUAUUUGACUGUGUGUACUUGUGUGCACAUGCAUGCACAGGAGCGUGUGUGUUUGUGUGUGUGCGCGCAUGCACACAAGUGCGUACCUGCACUUAUGUGUACAGGGGAUAGCAUCUCUGUUCAUAAUUAAAUAACAUCUGUCUUCUCUCCCAGCAUGGAUGAAUAUAACCGCCUGGCCACUUUGUGUAAUAAUAUUAUGCCAUUUAGCAGACGCUUUUAUCCAAAGUGACUUACAGUCAUGUGUGCAUACAUUUAUACGUAUGGGUGGUCCCGGGGAUCGAACCCACUACCCUGGCGUUACAAGCGCCAUGCUCUACCAAUUGCGCUACAGAGGACCACGGACGUAUAAGGACAGGUCAGGUAGGGAGGAGCAACAUGAGUCUUCCCACCAUGAAUGACGUCAGGAGCUGUCUGAGACUCAGAGACUUUGACAGUGCUCCCUACUACACAAACUCUACCUUCAGCUUCAGGUAAUUUUCCUUUGAUAACUCACUUUUUCUCUGGGCAAAAGUGUUAUGUGUGUACCCUAACCAUAAAAUAUAAUCUGUUAUUAACAGGAAUUCUCUUGAAGGCUAUGACAAACCAGAUGGCGAGGCAGAACUUGACACCUCAGUGAACAACCUGCACAACCCAGUCCACUCCUUCCUCAAUGGAACCAGUGCUCUGUCUCACUUUGCAGCCAAUGACCCCAUCUUUCUAGUAAUGAAAAAUAAAAUAAAUAAGAAACAUUUUAAUUAAAUAAAACAAAACAAGUAAAUUUCAUAAUACUAGAAAUAUGUAUUUGCUUAGUUUGUAUAACUAAGACACUUAUUUGUAUAGGUUCUCCAUGCGUUCACUGAUGCCAUUUUUGAUGAGUGGAUGAGGAAGUCUGUUCCACCAAACUCCAGUUUCCCCUAUGAGAUGGCCCCCAUUGGUCACAACAGAGAAUACAACAUGGUUGUGAUGCAUGUGAUAGAAGGAGUCAGGCGCAGGAGAGUAAUACGCAUCCAAAGAGUUUAUUCCAUCGAUAAACAGUUGCGCAAACAUGCGACAACAAAACUCAGGCACAGGGGAAAAUACUACCCUGGCAACAACAAGGUAAGGGUAGCUCAACCGAGCUACACACAGCUCACAACAAACAAUCACCCACACAGACAAGGAAGCAGGGGGAACACUUAUAUAAUGACUAAUUGUGGAUAAGGACCAGGUGUGUGUGAUAAAUUAGACAAGUGGAGUGAUGAUAAAUGGAUCGGCAGCAGCUAGUAAGCCGGUGACGAUGAACGCCAAAACCUGCCCGAACAAGGAGGGGAGGCAGCCUUGGCGGAAGUCGUGACAAUGGUGCCAUUCUUCCCUCCUGUGACCAAUGAAGAGAUUUACGUGGCUUCUGACCAAUUGGGAUAUUCUCAUGGUAGUCAUGGUUUACAUGCUGCACCGACGAAGAAAGCGUGGCUUUGAACCCUUAAUACAAUACAAUAGAAAGUACAUAUACAACUCUUGAACUUUUCUUGAACUAAAGUCUAACAGUAACUAAAAGAAAGCCUACAGUUUCUGAUUAAACUUGUAUGCAAUGUUCAUAUUCAUCUAAUAAAUGGUCAUACUUAUAGGAUCAAUUGAAACAUACUGUAGCUCAAGAAAGUACUUAGGGUAGAAUGUUCGAGUACUGUAAUAUUUAUAUUCAGCCGAUCAGAACAACACAAGGGAUGAACCCACACAGAAUAAUGAACAUUUACUGAAUAUUUACUCAUUUUUUGAGAGCCCAUUUUCAGUUCCUGCUCUGUAAUGUUUGAUCCUAUGUCUUGGACAAAAAUGUAGCCUAUGUUUGAGAAUAAAUAUUUGUACACCCUUUGAUUCUGAUUCCAAUUAUGUUUCCUAUCCUUUGUUUUCAAUUCAAUUGUGUGCAUUAAGUUUUACUUGAAUUAUACAAUAACUCCAUGGUUUACUCAAUUCACUUCUUCUUUAUAAUUUCUACAAACACAUUCCAUUUGGCUUUUUCCAGUAAUCCUUCUGGCUAAUCCUGUUAAGUGCAGUGACCCUCAUAGUACCCGUUGUAUAAGGCAGUGGUUCCCAUACUGUGUGUUGGGACCCACUUGUUGGACGCGACAGAUGGUGACAUUUUUUGUACUUACAAAUAAUUUCAUUAUUAUACAGUCUAUUUUUUUGAAUUGGUCACAAGAGCCCCUACUCAAAUCCGCAUUCAGUUAAAUGUUUUGAAGAAGAAGGUUUUAUUAAUAAAUUAUUAACUUAUUAUUUUGGUCUGGGUAUGUUUUUUCACUGCUUAACCCUGGUGGGUCGUGACUCAAUAGACACCUAAAUUGGUAGGUCACGAAGCAAAAUGUUUGGUAACCUCUAGGAAUGUGUAGAAUUUACAUACCUCUUGAAUGUUAUGUCAUAAUGUAUAUUUCCGCCUAAAUAGACAGCAAGUUUCUGUUUACUGUCAUGAAUCUUGCUAUGGAGGCAGAACUAAGCGAUUUCCGCCAGACGGGCCAACUGCAAAGUCAAAAUGGGCUAUAUCGUAAAGAUUUAUAAAAACAAACAUUUACUUUUUGGUCUUAAUUUAAGGUUAGGGUUAGGCAUUAGGGUUAGCAGUGUGGUUAAGGUUAGGGUUAGGUUUAAAAUCAGAUUUUAUAACUUUGUGCCCGUGAUAGUUAGUGACCACUCUGUAGAGCUGCCUCCGGGUCAAGAUUCAUGACAAUAAAUGCCAACCUGCAAAUAGACAUACCCAAAAGUAAUAAUUUUUCAUGAGAUGGCCAUAACGAAUAACUACUAAUGCUGCAUACUUCUAGAAAGGUCUAGAUCUCACCUUUCUGGUAAAAUAGUUAUAAAUUGCUGUGGUGUAGUCACUUUUUAGUACACAAGCUCAAGUACAUAGUACAAAUACUAUAAAAAUAUAAAAAUAAAAACUAUUCUUUGUCUAGAUAGGUCAGAAAAUGUGACACUCACUCCCUAUGCAAAUGUGGGUCUGAAACCUGAGACUUCAAGUCAGCUCCGCUGGCAGAGUUGUAGUGGAAAGCAGAUAGAUGGGGCUUUCUGGCACUAUAAGGCACUGGACCCUGCCACAUUCACAGAACACUUUGUACACCAAAAUGUCAGUCAGAACCGGUCCAGAACAGCUCACAGUCCCCUAAAUAGGGGACUUUUAAAAUCUAACCCUAUCUAAGAGGUAUGGUCACACAAAGGGAAUUGUAAAAAAUUAUCUCAUGCCCUCACUAGCAGUAUAUGUAGGUAUUCAUGAACAGUAUGAUAUGCAAUGUGACUUUUCACUUUCCACUCAACAGUCACAUGCCAGGCCAUAGGUAAGAGGGGGAAGGGGAAAUCUAGCUAAUCACACAGGCACAAAGCAUAUGACAUCAGACAUUUCUGCACUGGUGUGCCAUGCAUCAUUCACCUUCAUUGAUGUGUUUGGAGCUCCUCACACAGAACAAAGAAUGUUUGGUUCUCAUUUGAUGACUUUUUCCCAGCAUAGCAAAUAAUUCUUAGUACUACAUUAUACACUAUAGCCUACUUGUUCAUGAUGUUGCUUAAGGCAAACAUGUAAUUUAACUCUCCCAGUCCAUAGAAACAACCCUACAAGAGUAGCCUACGUUAACAGUCUAAGUUUAAGAGUUAGGUUGUGGUUGGCACAAGGGUGACCCUUUCAACAUGCUCUGUACUAAAAGAUCAGAGGAUAAAUAUCUCAUGACCCGAGGACUUGUUGAAAUACGUUAAAGGAAAGGAGAUUUAGUACAGUAAUACACCAGAAGUACGGCAUUAGACUGAAACGUCUGAACAUAGUUCAGAUUACACCAGAGAAAAGGGAAAUGAUUGGUCAAAGUAUAACAUUUCAGCCCGCACGUUCUAAAUCCACAUGGCCUUCAUAUGCCAAAAUGAGCGCAAUACGAUCAAGGUAUUUUAAUAAUUUUUUCCCUAUGCAGAGUUGUAGUAAACAUAACUUUCGGUAGUCUCUUUAGUUUUUGUGUUCAGAUUAAGAUUUCUUUGCAUGAACUAUGUGAGCCAUGUUUUGUAGGACUAGGCGAUCAUGAUUUAAACAAUUUAAGGUUAUAUGUAUGAUAUGUCAUGCGAUAAAAACGGACAAGAGUAGGAAACCAAAAAUCCUAUCUGUUUGUUAUCCCUAUUUCAUAUCAAUUAGCCUACUGUACAGUUCAUAUCUGGCAAAAACAACUUCAUCAAUUAGAAAUGACACUAAGCAGAACUGAUGACUGGAUUAUAGUUAGUAGGUUAUCAGACUUGCAAAAGUGAUCUGAUUUCAGCUUUUUUAACAAGGCAAAAAUGUUGUCUGCCAGUCCACAUUAGCCUUUCGAAUGAGAAUAUCAUUGAUGGGCAUCACUUGCUCUCCAAAUGUAUAGGAAAUGGGUGCAUUUAGGAUUUAGUACACAUGUAAAGGCGAACAUGACACAUUUUCUGCAGGUCAGGUGUUUAUGUGUUUUUGCUGAAGCAUGGAAUGUGCAUGUGUUGAACUUCUAAAUAUCUGUUGUGUAAAUUGUGUAAACUCUUUUUUGAUUAUUCAUGGGACUAAUAUUGUGAGUUUCACAGUAUAUGGACCUGUAGAUACCAUAACUGUUGACUAACCAACGCCCCAUGUAUUUUGGCCUGAGGCGUUUCACUGGUAUGAGCCCAGCUCAUAGUCCUUUGGUGUCAGGUGGUUACCACGAGACCAUGGUCUUAAUCCUUUCUGACCCUACUUAUAGAGGGCACAUACAUUGGAGGCUUUUGUAACAUUCAUGAGACUGACCGGAUCACGGUCUACUUUCUCUCAGGCUGUCCUUCAUAAAUUACAUUUAUGACUCUAGCCAAAUGCUGAAUAAACAACUGAGGAGCGUUACAAAUGUGAUUCCAUACCCUUUUGGAGAAAAUAAUUGAGUACGUAAUUGCUGUGAACUGGUGUACAAACUGAUUUGUGAGUGGCCAGAAGAGGACCAGAGUGUUGAAGAUGAUCAAGGCGCUGGUGCUAGGGUUGGUUUGUUUUGUGACAUUUCCUGACUCUACAGAGGCUCAGUUUCCUCGAUUCUGUAGCACGGUGGAGGGGAUCGUCUCAAAGCAGUGCUGCCCUGCUCUCAUUUCUGAUCCUGCUAAUGUGUGUGGAACUUUAUCUGGACGAGGAAACUGCUCCGACAUCAGAGUCAGUACCAAACCCUGGGGUGGACCAUAUAGGUUGAGAAAUGUUGAUGAUCGAGAAAGGUGGCCUACCAAAUUCUUCAAUAGGACAUGCAGGUGCUCUGGUAAGUAAAAGUAAAAUGAAGUGUUACAUUUAAAGGGGUGCUGUUGCUACAUCCAUUUUUGGACUUGUGAAUUAAUGAUAUGUAGCCAUUGAUUCUUGGAGAAAAUAACUUAUAAAUGCCUCAUGAGCUUAUUUAAACUGUUGUACCCCAUCAGAACCCAAAAUAUUUACAUUUUACAUUUUAGUCAUUUAGCAGACUUACAGUUAGUGAGUGCAUACAUUUUUCAUACUGGCCCCCCGUGGGAAACGAACCCACAACCCUGCCAUUGCAAGCGCCAUGCUCUACCAACUGAGCUACAGGGGACUGUAAUCUUGUUUUACUCCAAUGUUUGUAUAUAAAGUGAACAUAAACAAACACUAUAGACUAAAAACAUGAUUAAGCUCUGUCUAAGUACUUGAGAGUGGUUACAUUUCUCCAGCCCAAUCCCUCAGAUUUUUAUCGAAUCAGGGGCAACUGUUUCAACUGCUGAUUGCGGCUUUAAGUGUUAAAUAAAUGAUUUACUGUUUUCAGUAAAUCAGUGUUCACUAUUACAUAAUAUAGGUUUUUGUUUGGAUCACAUUAAAACCUAAAAUAACAAUUGAAAAUUGCUAAAGGGCAACUUGCCCACUUUUUCAUCCUCAUAUUGAUUAUCUCCAGCACCAAACCAGUGUCUACAUAUGUCAAAACGGCACGUUUUUAUGAUCUGUGGUUAAAAGGAUGAGAAGAGAGGUGCUUCUCUGUGACAUCCCAUUGUAGGAUUAAAAGUAAGAAAAACAGGGAUUUUCAAAACCUGCAAUGAGUUUCCAGCCAGAGGGAGGGUAUUUUCUUGCUCCCCACAUCACCGUGAAUCUCAUAGUGUUUGAAAAUCACUGUUUUUAAAAUGUUGAUGACAUCAUCAGGUAGAACUUUUUAACGUAAUAUUUUUUAUACAAAACAUAGAAAUAUGCCAUUUUCACAUACAGUAUUUAGACACUAGUUUGGUGCUGGAGAUAAUGAAUAUGAAGUUGAAAGUGGCGGAGUUUCCCUUUAAGUGGGAAUUGUGAUAAUUGGGAAUUGUGAUAAUUGGACUGUUCCCAUAAGUAUAUGGAAUGGUCCACAUGUUUGACUGUUCCCAUAUACUUGAUUUACAUUAUCUAUAUUCCCUUUAUGUGUCUAGGUAACUUUGGUGGCUUCGACUGUGGCCAGUGUAAGUUUGGCUGGACAGGACCAAACUGUGACGUGCGUAAAGCCCCGGUGGUGAGGAAGAACAUCCACUCUCUGACUCCAGCGGAGCUUCAGGAGUUCCUGGAUGUGUUGGACCGGGCCAAGAACACCACCCACCCAGACUAUGUAAUCGCCACACAGCACUGGCUGGGCCUGCUGGGGCCCAAUGGAACCCAGCCCCAGUUCUCCAACAUCUCCAUCUACGACUUCUUUGUGUGGCAACAUUACUAUUCUGUCAGAGACACACUUUUAGGUAAAACACCCAUUGAUUAUUUUCUAAUUUCAUACGUUUAUAGAUUAAAUAAAUAAUUUCAAUAUAUUUCAAUAUAUAGCAGUGUUGCAGUUCUUGACAUAAAACAAUGCGCCUGGCACCUACUACCAUACCCUGUUCAAAGGCACUUAAAUAUAUUGUCUUACCCAUUCACCCUCUGAAUGGCACACAUACACAAUCCAUGUCUCAAUUGUCUCAAGUCUUAUUAAAAUAUGUUUUUAACCUGUCUCCUCCCCUUCAUCUACACUGAUUGAAGUGGAUUUAACAAGUGACAUCCAUAAGGGAUCAUAGCUUUCACCUGGAUUCACCUGGUCAGUCUAUGUCAUGGAAAGAGCAGGUGUUCUUAAUGUUUGAUAUACUCAGUGUAUAUUCAAUUACAUUCAACCUUCAAACUAAUCCCUUCUUGGUUGGAACAUGAAUGAAAAUGAAAGCCAAAUGUUAUAAAUUACUCACUUGCUGUGUUACUUAUUUACUAGUUAUAAGUUAUAUAAUACUCUCCAAUCUCCAUGUACUGUAUAGAUAGCAGAAGAGAACAUUCAGAAGUUGCUCAUGAAAAACCUUGUGUUUCUCUCUAGGUCCAGGUCAUCCUUUCAAGGCCAUUGACUUUUCCCACAAAGGACCAGCGUUCGUCACCUGGCACAGAUACCACCUCCUCAGUCUGGAGAGAGACCUGCAGGUAAGAGUGGGUUUAAAUGAUGACGAGAAAGACAUGAAAAUCAGCUUCAAACAUUGAUGAGAAUAAAAGUAAACCUUUCCUCAAUUCUGCAGAGACUGACUGGCAAUGAGAACUUUGCUGUUCCAUACUGGAACUUUGCCACAGGGCAGACUGAGUGUGACGUCUGCACAGAUUCUCUCCUGGGGGGACGCAACCCAGAAGACCCCUCCCUCAUCAGUAACCAGUCCAGGUUCUCCAAUUGGGGGGUGGUGUGUGACAGGUGCAUUUUUGGAAAGAAAUGAGUUAAAAACAUUGUGGGCAGGUUUCCUGGAAACAGAUUAAGGCCUGGAUUCAAUCAGAUCGAGCGUUAACCAGUGUUAACCACUGUUGGCCGACAUCUGCAUAGCAGAUGUUUUGGCGGGGUUGAAGGUGGAACUGUGGUAUGAGCUGACAUAUCGGUGAGCGGCUGCUCUUGUGUGUCACAAACCACUUCAUUAUUAUCCCUACUGGUUUGAAGUUCCAUGUUAGAAAUAUUGACUCUCAAAUGUCAAACAAUUAAUGUGUUAGUCUCAGUGUUGAUUUUAGCAUGUCAAUCUUGGUGGGGCAAACUCAACAUUAAAAAAAAAAUGCAUGCCAGCAAAGCCACUACACAACACAACACAAAACAAUACAUUAAUUGCACUAUAACGGUGACAAACGGUGCCCACAAACUGUUAGGGCCUAAAUAAAUCUGUCUUUUCAGCAUCAUGGAAUGAAUACUUACCACCGCUACACCUGGCUAUCAGCGGAGCCUCAUCUGGCGGCGAAAAAGUUCAUUCAGCCUCAUUUACUGCCUUUUUAAAAACAACAUCUGAUAUCAAAUCAAAUCAAAUUGUAUUGGUCACAUACGUACAUUUAGCAGAUGUUAUAGCGAAAUGCUUGUGUUCCUAGCUCCAACAGUGCAGUAGUAUCUAUCUUGAAGCUUUUCACCUUCUCCACUGCGGUCCCGUCGAUGUGGAUAGGGGAGUGCUCCCUCUGCUGUUUCCUGAAGUCCACGAUCAGCUCCUUCGUUUUGUUGACGUUGAGGGAGAGGUUAUUAUCCUGGCACCACUCCGCCAGGGCCCUCACCUCCUCCCUGUAGGCUGUCUCGUCGUUGUUAAUCAGGCCUAGGACUGUUGUGUUGUCUGCAAACUUGAUGAUUGAGAUGGAGUUGCGCGUGGCUGACUUGCUUAAAUAAGUAGGGUUUCUACUGACUCCUUGUGGAUUUGUGUAACUCGAUAAAAACCGCAUUCUCCUUCAAUAAUAACUAAUGCCGACAUCGGUUUUGACUUUUGAACCAUACACAAACAUUAUUACAUUUAUGUUCAGUAGAUUCAUAAUGUUUGUUCUUAUAUCAUUAACACUACGCUCUAAGUAUAAGCAAGUGCAAGCAAACGAGCUUCUACGAGGUAGGCCUUCGUUCAGCACUUUCAAAAUGGAUAGAAAUUCAGAAAGAUUCAGCAAGAUGUUGAGGCAUUAACUUUACUCUUCUUUAAGUCACCACAGAGAGAGAGAGAGAGAGAGAGAGAGAGAGAGAGAGAGAGAGAGAGAGAGAGAGAGAGAGAGAGAGAGAGAGAGAGAGAGAGACAGUUAGCCUACCAUUUGAAGUAUUUUAUUAGGCCUAUGUGGUCUAAAAGGGAAGGAAAAUACAAUCAAGAGGAUCCACUUUUAUAGAAAAUAGGCCUAUACCGAUGCACAGACAGCACAUUGCAUAAACAAAACAACCCUUGCAAUAUCAACUGGAAUUACAUGGGUCUGUUACUUAAGUUUCACUGGCAAACAUGGUUAAAGACCCAACAACAUUAUAGUAUCCCCUCCUCGUGGAGAAAAGCACAUGAGCUAAUUAUAAUUCACAAAGUAAGCAAAACAAAGAAAUGCAUCAUUCCAACAUUGCCUAAAAUGAUGAAUAAGACACUAGUGAGACAGACCUACAGUACAUUCGGAAAGUAUUCAGAUCCAUCGACUUUUUCCAUAUUUUUGGCUCUGGCUGGGUCACUCAAGGACAUUCAGAGACUUGUCCCAAAGCCACUCCUGCAUUGUCGUGGCUGUGUGCUUAGGGUCGUUGUCCUGUUGGAAGGUGAAACUUCGCCCCAUUCUGAGGUCCUGAGCGUUCACAAGAGAAAGCAUCUGAGCGAGCGAAACAGCGCCCCUCUGUCUCCCUAUGUGUAGGCCAUCUAUCAGAUGCUGUCUGGUUCAAACGAGUAUUGUUGCCGCCCGUAGCAUUGAAAGCUAGGGAAGCCAGCAAGCAUCUGGCCUCCCUUGACAAAAAAAGUAUACAAAAUUAGUUUUACUUAAUUCUCCAUACUGGUCAAUAAUUAUAACGUUGAUUCUGAUCCAACCAUUAAUUCAUCCAUUGUUGUGCCCCGGCCUGAGAGGGUGGAAGUUCAAUAUAUAACUACAGUGGGGAGAACAAGUAUUUGAUACACUGCCGAUAUUGCAGGUUUUCCUACUUACAAAGCAUGUAGAGGUCUGCAAUUUUUAUCAUAGGUACACUUCAACUGUGAGAGACGGAAUCUAAAACAAAAAUCCAUUAUAUUGCAUUUUAUUGCAUGACAUAAGUAUUUGAUACAUCAGAAAAGCAGAACUUAAUAUUUGGUACAGAAACCUUUGUUUGCAAUUACAGAGAUCAUACGUUUCCUGUAGGUCUUGACCAGGUUUGCACACACUGCAGCAGGGAUUUUGGCCCACUCCUCCAUACAGACCUUCUCCAGAUCCUUCAGGUUUCGGGGCUGUCGCUGGGCAAUACGGACUUUCAGCUCCCUCCAAAGAUUUUCUAUUGGGUUCAGGUCUGGAGACUGGCUAGGCCACUUCAGGACCUUGAGAUGCUUCUUACGGAGCCAGUCCUUAGUUGCCCUGGCUGUGUGUUUCGGGUCGUUGUCAUGUUGAAGACCCAGCCACGACCCAUCUUCAAUGCUCUUACUGAGGGAAGGAGGUUGUUGGCCAAGAUCUCGCGAUACAUGGCCCCAUCCAUCCUCCCCUCAAUAUGGUGCAGUCGUCCUGUCCCCUUUGCAGAAAAGCAUCCCCAAAGAAUGACGUUUCCACCUCCAUGCUUCACGGUUGGGAUGGUGUUCUUGGGGUUGUACUCAUCCUUCUUCUUCCUCCAAACACGGCGAGUGGAGUUUAGACCAGAAAGCUCUAUUUUUGUCUCAUCAGACCACAUGACCUUCUCCCAUUCCUCCUCUGGAUCAUCCAGAUGGUCAUUGGCAAACUUCAGACGGGCCUGGACAUGCGCUGGCUUGAGCAGGGGGACGUUGCGUGCGCUGCAGGAUUUUAAUCCAUGACGGCGUAGUGUGUUACUAAUGGUUUUCUUUGAGACUGUGGUCCCAGCUCUCUUCAGGUCAUUGACCAGGUCCUGCCGUGUAGUUCUGGGCUGAUCCCUCACCUUCCUCUUGAUCAUUGAUGCCCCACGAGGUGAGAUCUUGCAUGGAGCCCCAGACCGAGGGUGAUUGACCGUCAUCUUGAACUUCUUCCAUUUUCUAAUAAUUGCGCCAACAGUUGUUGCCUUCUCACCAAGCUGCUUGCCUAUUGUCCUGUAGCACAUCCCAGCCUUGUGCAGGUCUACAAUUUUAUCCCUGAUGUCCUUACACAGCUCUCUGGUCUUGGCCAUUGUGGAGAGGUUGGAGUCUGUUUGAUUGAGUGUGUGGACAGGUGUCUUUUAUACAGGUAACGAGUUCAAACAGGUGCAGUUAAUACAGGUAAUGAGUGGAGAACAGGAGGGCUUCUUAAAGAAAAACUAACAGGUCUGUGAGAGCCGAAAUCCUUACUGGUUGGUAGGUGAUCAAAUACUUAUGUCAUGCAAUAAAAUGCAAAUUAAUGGAUUUUUGUUUUAGAUUCCGUCUCUCACAGUUGAAGUGUAUCUAUGAUAAAAAUUACCGACCUCUACAUGCUUUGUAAGUAGGAAAACCUGCAAAAUCGGCAGUGUAUCAAAUACUUGUUCUCCCCACUGUAGAUGUAGAAGGCUAAUGUUAACUAGCUAACGUUGCCCAUGAAUAGAAGCUAGGCUAGCGAGCAAGUAUUUUAGCCAUGUAGCCUAGGACAACAAAAAAUAAAAGCGUGUACUGUAUGACAGAGUGAUAGACCAUUUUGUCAACAUGAAAGCGAGGAGCAUGGCAUUGGAGUCAAUAUGCACACAGAAAUCAGAUCCAUGGAGGGCCACAUCAUAUUUCGCUUACGUUGAUUGGACUAAAUUGUUUUUGGUAUCUUUUAGUUGUCACUGUAUUAAACUAAGCAGAGGUGAUUUUAUGAUGUUGAAGUUGAAAUGGUGCGGAAUAGUGGAAUAGUGGAGGCAGUUCCUGUUUUCUUUGCAACUUGCAGUAUUUGUAUUUAUUAAGGAUCCCCGUUAUCUGACAUGACAUUACAUUUCAUAACACUUUACCCAAUUAAUUUAGUGUGUUCCCUCAGGCCACUACUCCACUAUCAAAUAUUUACAAUCCAACAUCCAUGUGUAUGUGUGUAGAGUGUGUGUCUUAUUGUCACGAUCGUCGUAGGAGUGAGUAGACCAAGGCGCAGCGUGUGAAACAAACAUGACUUUAAUCGUUAAAGUAUACCAAACAAAACACGACUCGUGAAGUCCACGGUAAACAAAUACCGACACGGAACAAAAACCCACAACACCCAAGGGAAAACAUACAGUUUAAAUAUGGCUCCCAAUCAGAGACAACCCACAACAGCUGACACUCGUUGCCUCUGAUUGGGAGCCACUCUGGCCAACAUAGACAUAGAACAACUAGACACUCAAACACAGCACAUAAACACACGGAAUCUACACACCCUGACUCAACAUAUAAAGUCCCCAGAGCCAGAGUGUGACAGUACCCCCCCCCCAAAGGCGCGGACUGCGACCGCGCCUCAACAAAACCCCAAACAGGGGAGGGCUGGGUGGGCAUUCCUCCUCGGAGGCGGCUCCGGCUCCGGGCUUGACCACCACCCUUCCAUAAUUCCCCUGUAGCGCCCCUGGUCCGGUCUGACCCCGCUGGCUGGAUCUGGACUGGACAUUGACGGAGCGGAUUGCUUACGCUCCGUUGUGGAGCAGCUGACCGGUCUUACCAGGCUGACGACUCGCACCCCGGGCUUGGUGCGAGUAGCAGGAACGGGCUGAACCAGGCUGACGACUCGCACCCCUGGCUUGGUGCGAGUGGCAGGAACGGGCUGGACCAGGCUGACGACUCGCACCCCUGGCUUGGUGCGAGUGGCAGGAACGGGCUGGACCAGGCUGACGACGCACACCGUAGGCUUGGUGCGUGGAGCAGGGACAGGCCGGACAGGGCUGGCGACGCACCCCGUAGGCUUGGUGCGUGGAGCAGGGACAGGCCGGGCUGGGCUGACGACGCACACCGUAGGCUUGGUGCGUGGAGCAGGGACAGGCCGGACAGGGCUGGCGACGCACACCGUAGGCUUGGUGCGUGGAGCAGGGACAGGUCGGACAGGGCUGGCGACGCACACCGUAGGCUUGGUGCGUGGAGCAGGAACAGGCCGGGCAGGGCUGACGACGCACACCGUAGGCUUGGUGCGUGGAGCAGGGACAGGCCGGACAGGGCUGGCGACGCACACCGUAGGUUUGGUGCGUGGAGCAGGGACAGGCCGGGCUGGGCUGUCGACGCACACCGUAGGCUUGGUGCGUGGAGCAGGGACAGGCCGGACAGGGCUGGCGACGCACACCGUAGGCUUGGUGCGUGGAGCAGGGACAGGCCGGACAGGGCUGGCGACGCACACCGUAGACUUGGUGCGUGGAGCAGGAACAGGCCGGGCAGGGCUGACGACGCACACCGUAGGCUUGGUGCGUGGAGCAGGGACAGGCCGGACAGGGCUGGCGACGCACACCGUAGGUUUGGUGCGUGGAGCAGGGACAGGCCGGGCUGGGCUGUCGACGCACACCGUAGGCUUGGUGCGUGGAGCAGGGACAGGCCGGACUGGGCUGGCGACGCACACCGUAGGCUUGGUGCGUGGAGCAGGGACAGGCCGGACUGGGCUGGCGACGCACACCGUAGGCUUGGUGCAUGGAGCAGGAACAGGCCGGACCAUACUGGGAACACACACUACUGGCCUUAAACGGGGAUCAGGAACGGGCCGGACCGGACUGGCAAUACACCUCAGUACCUCUCGCCGUGCCUCUACAACUUCCUUCCCUCCUCUCGCCAAUGGCUCCCGUAACCCGGUGGCCUUCUCUCCUCGUCUCCCAUUUCGUCCUGUGGCAGCCUCCUGCUGCCCAGUCGCCCAUGCCGUGUGCCCCCCCCCUAAAACAUUCUUGGGGGUGCCUCUCGUCCGUCCGACGAUGGCACUGCUGACGCCGCUGCUCCUCUCUCGCCAGGGCUUUAAUCCUACCCCAAGGUCCCUUGCCCCCGAGCAUGUCCUCCCAGGACCACACUUUGCCCACCUGGGCCAUCGCCAGCCUCUCCAUCUCCUUUCCUGGCGCUUCCUCCCAUGUCCAGUCUGCCUGCUCCUGGACACGCUGCUUGGUCCUUUUACGGUGGGUUUUUCUGUCACGAUCGUCGUAGGAGUGAGUAGACCAAGGCGCAGCGUGUGAAACAAACAUGACUUUAAUCGUUAAAGUAUACCAAACAAAACACGACUCGUGAAGUCCACGGUAAACAAAUACCGACACGGAACAAAAACCCACAACACCCAAGGGAAAACAUACAGUUUAAAUAUGGCUCCCAAUCAGAGACAACCCACAACAGCUGACACUCGUUGCCUCUGAUUGGGAGCCACUCUGGCCAACAUAGACAUAGAACAACUAGACACUCAAACACAGCACAUAAACACACGGAAUCUACACACCCUGACUCAACAUAUAAAGUCCCCAGAGCCAGAGUGUGACACUUAUCAUGUGUAUGUGUCUGUGUCUGUGCCUGUGUGUCUCUUCACAGUCCCCAGUAACUCUCUGUGGUUCUAAAUCAAUAGUUGUUUAGUGGUCCGGAAAUGUUGGAAACAUUAAUUUGAAAACAACGCAAAUAUCACAAAACAUAGGUUGUAAUAUUGCUUAGUUUUUUUUUGGGGGGGGGGGGUUUGCCCAUGCACCGCUACUGAUAAGAGGCAAGCUGUAAUUUCGAUGAAGACUAAUGAACGAGCUCAGAUGCACGAUAUUACUAUUUGUUCAGCACUUUUGUAAUGGACAGCGACAGAAUUCAGAACAUGGGCCGUGACAACAUGACAACAUGGCAGCAGCACAACAUGGUAGCAGCACAAACAUGGUACAAACAUUGUUUGGCGUAGUCAACAGCACAAAAGGCAUAAAGGUAGAGACAAUAAUACAUCACGUGAAGCAGCCACAAGUGUCAGUAAGAGUGUCCAUGAUUGAGUCUUUGAAUGUAGAGAUAGAGAUACAACUGUCCAGUUUGAGUGUUUUUUGCAGCUCGUUCCAGUAGCUAGCUGCAGCGAACUGAAAAGAGGAGCAACCCAGGGAUGUGUGUGCUUUGGGGAAGUUCUCAGGGGGAGAGGGACCAAAUUCUUAGGGUGAGACAAAUGGGCUACUUACAGUUUACUACACAACAUACACUUAGUAUUACUUUCUUACCUACAGUAUACAUAUCACCCUGGCAUAUUACUUCAUUUAUGCAGCAGCAUACAAGACUUACGCCUAUUUUUGGACUCACCGUUGCUGUGCUGUGCUCACUUCAAAUCAAAUAAAAAAUCGAAUCAUAUUGGAUUUGUCACAUGCUUACUUACAAGCCCUUCACCAACAAUGCAGUUUUAAGAAAAAUAAGAGUUAAGAAAAGAUUUACUAAAUAAACUAAAGUAAAAAAAUUAAAGAGUAACAAUCAAAUAACAAUAACAGGGCUAUAUAAAGGGGGUACCGGUACCGGGUCAAUGUGCGGGGGUACAGUUUAGUUGAGGUAAUUGAGGUGGGGGGGGGGGGGGGUCAAUGCAAAUAGUCUGGGUAGCCAUUUGAUUAGCUGUUCAGCAGUCUUAUGACUUUGGGGUAUAAGCUGUUAAGAAGCCUUUUGGACCUAGACUUGGCACUCUGGUACCGCUUGCCAUGCGAUAGCAGAGAGAACAGUCUAUGACUAGGGUGGUUGUAGUCUUUGGCCAUUUUUAGGGCCUUCCUCUGACACCGCCUGGUAUAGAGGUCCUGGAUGGCAGGAAGCUUGGUCCCAGUGAUGUACUGGGCCGUACGCACUUCCCUCUGUAGCGCCUUGCGGUCGGAGGACGAGCAAUUGCCAUACCAGGCGGUGAUGCAACCAGUCAGGAAUGCCCUCGAUGGUGCAGCUGUAGACAUUUUUGAGGAUCUGAGGACCCAUGCCAAAUCUUUUCAGUCUCCUGAGGGGGAGGUUGUUGUGCCCUCUUCACAACUAUCUUGGAGUGUUUGGACCAAGGGAGGUGUUUAGUCCAAGGGUCCUUAGCUUAGUGAUGAGCUUUGAGGGCAAUAUGGUGUUGAACGCUGCGCUGUAGUCAAUGAACAGCGUAGGUGUUCCUUUUAUCCAGGUGGGAAAGGGCAAUGUGGAGUGCAAUAGAGAUUGCAUCAUCUGUGGAUCUGUUGGGGCGGUAUGCGAAUUGGAGUGGGUCUAGGCAUUUCUGGGAUGAUGGUGUGAUGUGAGUCAUGACCAGCCUUUCAAAUCACCUCAUGGCUACAGACGUUAACAGGAAGGUGGCGCGGCAGUCCUUCUUGUGGGCAAACUUUGUCAUCCAACUUUGUCAUCAAAGUCUUGCAUUCUCUGGAUUUAUGGUGCUUUCAAGACAACUGAGAACUCUGAAAAAAACUAGGUCGAAUCAUGACGUCAGUGAUCUUCAGGUCGGAAAGUCGGAGCUCUAGAAAGUGACCCGAGUUCCUGACCGUUGAAAAUGUAUUUUCCCAGUCGGAGCUCUUUUUUUCCGAAUUCCCAGUUGUCUUGAACGCACCGAAGUAAGAGAUUUCCCAGUUCUGAGUUCUGAGUUCCCAGUUGUUUUGAACCCGGCAGAAGUCAUGCUGGAUUGACAGCAUGGCCAAUGUAUUCAACCUUUUCUGGCCCAUAGUGCUGCGUGUGAAUGUUUAUCCUUUUAAGCUUGGAAAAGAGACCCUUCCACACAGAUGUUUUAAAUCCUUAAACCCAGACUUGGACAACGCACCCUCUCCACCGAAUAACAGGCAGGGGACGCAAAAUAGUGAUUGCUUUGCAUCGCAGUGAGCUGCUGAUUCCUUCCAAACCACACAUUGUUGAAUUUGAGAUUUCCGACUUGUUGUGCAAUGUUUAUGUCCAAUAGCAGAAGAGCACAAAUACGUUUUAUCUAUAAUUUCUCUUCACAUGACAAGGAUGGAAAAGGACUUGCCAGUAGAUUGUCAACGUGAUUCAUGAUGGCGACUGCUUGUCUAGCUAGCUCGCUACCUAAGAUUUUGUAUUAAGUAUGAUGUUGACAUGAUCAGUCCAAUCAAAGCUACGGUAGAUAUAACAUGAUUAGACGUCAUUUUAUCUGUGGCCAAUGACCUUGAGCCUUCUUGGACGGGCACUCCAAUGUAAAUCUAUGGCAGCUCCCAAGGGGGCUUGAACUGUCUAGCUCUCCCUGAAGAAUCUGCGGCGACGUAGUGUCCCCGUGAGUGACAGAACAAUGAGCCAAUCACAGCGCAACUAGAGAAAAUGACCUUUUAAUGCUUUUGCUGCUUGCCACUCCACCACAGAAAGCACUGAGCUAGGCUGAAACGCCUGCAUUUUGGAGCUGCCGUUUUAUUUUUAUUUUAUUGUUUGCAAACUGAUAUGUAACCAAAAAUAUGUGCCAAAAUCACAUGCAAAAUAGGCCAAUUAUAUAUAUAUAUAUAUAUAUUUUUUUUUUUUUUAUAGCUAGACAGGUAGAGUUGCCACUGAUUAGGCUAAUGCAUGUUUUCAUGUUCAUUUGGCUGGGGGGAUUUAUGCCUAUGAGUCUAAUUUGUAACGCGGCUCCAUGUACUUUGCGGGUGCAUGGGAUUUGUCGGAUUAUAGUCGGGUGUGAUUUUGUUGCAUCCAAUGGCAGUCUCUGCGAUAACGCAACGAGCCACUUGUGGAUUUGACCGAUCUAACGCAGAUCCACCUUCGACACCGCCAAAACAACGAGACGUGGAUGUCUUUCUGAGUGAAUCUAGCCCUAAACCUAGUCCUGGACUAAAAAACAUGUUCAAUUAAGAAUUUUCAUUGAAAGUGCUUUUUAAUCAAGGACUAGGCUUCAUCCAUGUCUGGGAAACCAGCCCUGUAUGUACUAUACCUGUGCUGUUUAUGCUUUGUGCGCUGGUUUUUAUACUACUGGGUACAUGUUCAUCAUGUAUUUUGUACCAGACUCACUGUCCUAAAAUGUUGCUUGAAUUUUUUUCCCUCCCCAGCCUGGAUGAAUAUAACCGCCUGGUCACUCUCUGUAAUGGGACCAGUGAGGGACGCAUUAGGAGAGGUCAUAUGGGUGGCGUGAGGACCAACAUGAGUCUGCCCACCAUGAAUGAUGUCAGGAGCUGUCUAAACAUCAGAGACUUUGACAACGCUCCCUUCUACACUAACUCUACCUUCAGCUUCAGGUGACCUAAACUAUUGACACUGACCUGGGACUUUACACAUAAGGUAUUAUCCAAUAAAGUAAAGUUCACUAAACUGUCUAAAUUGCAUUGUUUCUGACUUCCAACUGUAAUUUGUUUCUAUACAGGAAUGCUCUUGAAGGCUAUGACAAGCCAGAUGGAGAGGCAGAGCUUGACUCCUCAGUGAACAACCUGCACAACCUGGUCCACUCCUUCCUCAAUGGAACCAGUGCUCUGUCUCACUCUGCAGCCAAUGACCCCAUCUUUCUAGUAAUGAUCUAGUUUGUACAAUUGCUUAUGAGUCCAUGUAUUUCAGUAAUGUAUUUGACUGUCAUGUGGGAUAAAGUAAACUAUUUUGUAGUUAGUCAGUUUUCUGUGCAGAAGAUGCCUAAAUGUUUGAUAUCACUUUACAUUAAGUUUUCCCUAUUGCUAUGUAACUACACAGCAAUAACCAUAAUAACAACAUAGUAGUUACUAUGUAAUUACAUGAUAAUAGAAUUGAAGUGGUAUCAGUUAUUACACAAUUGGAACAAGGACUUUGUAAUUACACAUCCACUUGCUGAAGGUUAUCCCACAGAUGUUAUUAAAUAUUUUCUUGUUCCACUAUGUAACUAGAGUUUUGUAAUUACACGUUUGAAUGUCACCUGUGAAUUACCAUUUUAAUAACGUGAACCAAUAUGUGACCUUGUUACUAUACUAUACAGUGCCACUACCAUCAAAUCCACAGGUAAUACCAGGGUUGAUACCAUCUUGAUGUAAUUAUGUAAAUAGGCUAGGACCUGGUAACAACAAUUGUAACAAGGCACACCCUGUCAUUAACUACUGGUUAUUUUAAAUACAUGUAUUUCUGUGUUAUUACCUGCUUCUAAGGUUAUACCAAAUAAAAAGUAAUGUAAGAACAAUGUAGUGGCAUAGGAUAUACUUGUAAAUAUCAUGUACCAAGCCAUGACCAAGCAACUUAAUGUGAAGUGAAACCCAGUAGGUAAUAAUGCAUUUCAUUACUAUGUAGUUAGUAUGUAACAGCCUCUCAGGUCCUAGCCUAUUUACGUCAUUAGAUCAAGAUGGUAUCAACCCUGGAAUUACACUUGGAUUUGAUGGCAGCGUAGUUACGUGUAACAAGGUCAUAUUUUGGUUUGGGUCCUUAUUAACAUGGUAAUUCACAGAUGACUUUCAAACGUGUAAUUACAAAACAGUAGUUACAUAGUGUACCAAUAAAAUGUGUAAUAACAUUAAUAAUUAUAUACGUGGAAUAACCUUCAGCAAGUGGAUUUGUAGUUACACAGUCCUUGUUCCAAUUGUGUAAUACCUGAUACCGCUAAACCCUAUUACAACAUAAAUGCAUAGCAAUAACUAUGUUGUUACUUUAGUGUUACUACAGUUAUUACUAUGUAGUUACAUAGUUAUAAAGGGCAAUUUAAUGUAGUGUUGGCAACUUAAUUUAAAGUGUUACCAAAUGUUUUAAAAUUACAUAACUCUCUAUCGCUUUAAAGGUUCUUCAUACAUUCACUGAUGCCAUUUUUGAUGAGUGGAUGAGGAAAUCUGUUCCAUCAAACUCCAGUUUCCCCGAUGAGAUGGCCCCCAUCGGUCACAACAGAGAUUACAACAUGGUGCCAUUCUUCCCUCCUGUGACCAAUGAAGAGAUUUAUGUGGCUUCUGAUCAAUUGGGAUAUUCUUAUGCCAUUGACCUGGAGGGUUAGUGAUUUCACAGUCAUCUUUGCAAUAAAAUUAAUCGUCAUCAACUUUUUCUUUUUUUAUUAGCAGGUCAAUGAAAUAAGAAAGCUCUCAUAAAGGUCUUGUUUACAUUAAAUCUCUCUUCUUAUAUCCCUUCCUCAGCCACAGACGGUGGAUUUGUGUUUGUGCUGGGGUCCACUCUGGGUGGUGUUUUCAUGGGUCUCCUGGUUCUUCUACUCAUCUUGGUCCUCUACUUGCAACAGCGCAGGAAACGUGGCUUUGAACCCCUUAUCAAUGCACAGUUCACCAACAAAAAGUACACAGAGGAAGCCUAAACAGUAGGUACACUUUGGGUUAAUAUCCUUGGUGCUUCUCAUGUUGAAAUGUACCCCAGUACUAAAUUGGUAGCACUCUGUCAUACCAGACAUUAUUGAUGGGAAUUUACAGUACAAUGUAUUAGAGUGCUUUGCUUCUUCUUUUACCAACACUACCCUGUUCUUGUUCUGUUAAAAAAAAGAACAGAGCAUACAGUAGGACAAUUUGUUUAUGUGAAAUGAUUUAAUAAUAUGAUUAUAUUUUCACCUAUACUAUAUCCAUUAUUACCUAAGAUUGACAUUAUCCAGUUUUUGUCCCUAACUGAAUAAUAUGUUAUAAUACACUGCUCAAAAAA